GUUGCCGUGGCGACGGGCCCCGUCCGCCAUGGCGGUGCCGAGCUGGCUGGAGAGGCUGCGGGCUGCCAGCAAGACCGCGCUGGUGCAGGACGCCCCUGCCUUGCUUCUAGGGAAGCGGAAGAUCCACUACCAGUUUGAGGAUGGGAAGGAGAUGGCUGAAGAGUACGACAUGAAGACCGGCCAGUUAGUGAGUAGAAGGUGGCGAGAGAAGAACACCCUCGGGGGCACUGGCAAGUGGCAGGUUGAAGUUGGAGACCCAACUUUACCUCUCCUGGGACCAUUGGAAUCUGAGCUCAUAAAGGAAAGCAGCUCUAAUCCUGUCUUCAUGAGGAAGGACACCCUGACCAGCUUCCAGUGGCGGAUCCGUAACCUGCCCUACCCCAAGGAGGUCUACAGUGUCUCUGUGGAGAAGGAGCAGCGCUGCUGUGUCAUCCGGACCACAAACAAGAAGUACUACAAGAAGUUCCCUAUUCCUGACCUGGACCGAUACCAGCUCCCCCUAGAUGCAGCUGCCCUGAGCUUCACCCAUACCAACAACACUCUGAUCAUCACGUACCAGAAGCCAAAGGAGAUCCUGGCUGCAGAAGAGGAGUUGCAGAAAGAGCUGAAGAAGAUAAAGGCAGCAAACAGUGGGGAUGGUGACUGCAAGACCCAAUAGGCAGUGGCUGCUAAGAGGCUGAGGUAUUAGGGACAGCUCCCUGCCACAGCUUCAUGGUAUUUAUUUUGCCUUUUCUAAUAAAAAUUAGUCAUGUUGUUAAUAGA